CAGGGACAGGACAAUGCGAGUGCCCCGAUCAGCCUGAGACCAGCCAGGCACCCAUGAGCAGCCCCUGCACCAGCCCCGGGAAGGUGAGACUGCGCCAGCCUCCAGUGCAGCAGCAGCGGCGGCAGCACCACCAGAGGCACCCCCAGCCAUGGGGGAGUGGGGCUUCCUGAGCUCGCUGCUGGAUACAGUGCAGGAGCACUCGCCCAUGGUGGGGCGCUUCUGGCUGGGGGUGAUGCUGAUCUUCCGCAUCCUGAUCCUGGCCACGGUGGGCGGGGAUGUAUUCGAGGACGAGCAGGAGGAGUUCGUGUGCAACACGCGGCAGCCAGGCUGCAAGCAGGUCUGCUAUGACCGGGCCUUCCCCGUCUCCCACUACCGCUUCCUAGUCUUCCAUGUGGUGGUCCUCUCGGCCCCCGCUGUGCUCUUUGUCAUCUACUCCAUGCACCAGACUGCCAAAAUGGCCAGGACUGGGAAGGGCGGCUCCCAGUGUGGUGCGGGGCCACAGCCCACCCAGCGGCGCCGCCAUAUCCGGGCCGUCUACGUGGCCAAUGUCAUCACACGGAUCCUGGCUGAAGUCAGCUUCCUGCUGGGGCAGUGGCAGCUCUAUGGCUUCGAGGUAGAGACCACAUACGUGUGCCAGCGUGCACCCUGCCCCCACCGUGUGGAUUGCUUUGUGUCCCGGCCCACCGAGAAGACCAUCUUCAUCCACUUUUACUUUGUGGUGGGAAUGGCAUCUGCGGGGCUCAGCCUGGUGGAGCUGGCCCACCUUCUGUACAAGGGCCGGUGCCAGCGACGGGAGUCCGCCAGCCCCUCGAACCCAGCUGGUGCCACUGCUGCCGCCACUGAACAGCAGGACAACUGGUCUAACCAGGCCCAGGAACAGGCCCAGUGCUUCCUGCCCCCUGAGAGUAGGAGCACCCAGGGGUCACCCUGCAGCAGUGCCCCCGAGCACUACAAGGCUGCAGCCCCGAUCCAGCCCAAAGACCCUAUCCCACGCAGUAAGGCCUCCCCCUCCGUGAGCAGGGAUGAUCUCACCAUCUAGGGCCCAGCUCCCUCCUCGCUCCACGCUCCUGACCUGACUGGCUAGAGGGACAGAGCCAAGCGCCAUCAAGAUGAGCUGUGUCGGUUCUCAGCCCCCAAGGGCCAGGGAUGCUGCUGUUUCAGUCUCUCCACAGUGACCUUCAGACAAAGCAACAAGCACCUGUAGGACCCUGCAGUCUCUACUGCCUGGUAGUGCCCCUGCUGG